UUUUCUAAUUAGUUAGUAUUACUACAACUACUCUGUCAAGAUGUCUUUCGAUUACGAAGCAUGCCAAGAUGCAGCCCAGUACCUCCGGUUGAGCCGAGAGAAGAUUAUUGAAAACCAGACUCAGAAACCGGACGGCAAGAAGUAUGUUUGGUUCCCGGACAAAGCUGAAGCUUAUGUGAAGGGAGAACUGAUCAAGACUGAGAAAGGGAAAUGUACUAUCAAGUCAAUCGCUGAGGGAAAGGAAAUGACAGUAAAAGAAGACGACCUCCAGGAGAUGAACCCGCCUCGGUAUGAGAAAUGCGAAGACAUGGCUGGCAUGACCUUCCUCAACGAAGCCAGCGUUCUUAACAAUCUUCGAUCACGAUACGAAUCUUUCAUGAUCUACACGUACUCCGGUCUCUUCUGUGUGACUGUUAACCCCUAUAAGAUGUUGCCCGUAUACGCUCCCUACGUGAUUGCUGCUUACAAGGGAAAGCGACGAACUGAGAUGCCUCCCCAUCUUUAUUCCAUCGCUGAUAACGCUUACACCGAAAUGUUGAUGAAUCGUGAAAACCAGUCCAUGUUGAUCACAGGAGAGUCUGGUGCGGGUAAAACUGUCAACACAAAGAAAGUUAUUCAGUAUUUCGCUUUGGUUGCUGCCUAUGGAUCUGCUCAAGAUGACGGAAAGGGUACACUUGAAGAUCAAAUCGUUCAAUGUAACCCAGCUAUGGAGGCUUUCGGUAACGCUAAGACUGUAAGAAACGAUAACUCUUCCCGAUUCGGUAAGUUUAUUCGAAUUCACUUUGGCAGCACUGGUCUUCUUGCGUCAGGAGACAUUGAACACUAUCUGCUUGAAAAAUCCCGUGUGAUCUAUCAACAAGAGGGUGAAAGAAACUACCACAUCUUUUACCAAAUCAUUUCUGGAUCUAAACCAGAACUUAUCGAUCAACUGUUGGUUACUAAGGAUCCAUACGAUUACAAAUCCAUUUCUCAGGGCGUCGUAUCGGUUGAUAACUUGGAUGAUGGUGCAGAAUUGUUGCUUACAGACGAUGCUUUCCGUGUACUCGGUUUCAACCAAGAAGAGAUCACCGGAAUUUACCGAAUCAUGGCUGGUAUUAUGCACCAACAGAAUAUGAAAUUCAAGAACAAACAACGAGAAGAACAAGCAGAACCUGACGGCACAGAAGACGCCGACAAAGUUGCUUAUCUUUUUGGGUUGAACUCUGCCGACUUUAUCAAAUACAUUUGCCACCCUCGUGUAAAGGUUGGAAACGAAUAUGUUACCAAGGGACAAUCUUGUAACCAGGUGAGCUAUGGUAUGGGAGCUCUCAGCAAAGGUUUGUUUGGUCGUCACUUUGAUUGGUUGGUCAAAUUGAUCAAUCAAACUCUGAGCACCAAACUACCAAGAAGUUUCUUUAUCGGAGUGCUGGAUAUUGCUGGUUUUGAAAUUUUCGACAGUAAUAGCUUCGAGCAACUUUGCAUUAACUUCACCAACGAAAAGCUUCAACAAUUUUUUAACCAUCACAUGUUCGUUUUGGAACAAGAAGAAUACAAAAAAGAAGGAAUUGAUUGGGUUUUCAUCGAUUUUGGAAUGGAUUUGGCAGCUUGCAUUGAACUCAUUGAAAAGCCACUUGGAAUUAUGUCUAUUCUUGAAGAAGAAUGCAUGUUUCCAAAAGCAUCUGAUGAUACAUUCAAAGACAAGUUAUACCAGAAUCACCUUGGCAAGAGCAAGGCUUUUGGAAAACCAGUAAAGAAGACAAAGUAUGAAGCUCAUUUCGAACUUUACCAUUAUGCUGGAACUGUGGCAUACAACAUUUGCGGAUGGUUAGAAAAGAACAAGGAUCCACUGAACAACAGUGUCGUCGAUCUUUACAAGAAAGCGUCAUUAAAACUGAUGCAAACUAUCUGGGAAGGAUAUGUAAGCCCAGAGGAAGCUGCAAGUGGUGGCGGCAAAGGCGGAAAGAGAAAGAAGGGUGGAUCCUUCAUGACUGUAUCAUCACUCCACAGACAAUCACUUAACAGUCUCAUGACCAAUCUUCGUUCGACUGCACCGCAUUUCGUGCGUUGUCUUAUUCCGAAUGAACGAAAAUGCCCGGGAGAGAUGGAAUCUCACUUGGUACUUCACCAGCUUCGUUGCAACGGUGUACUGGAAGGUAUUCGUAUCUGCAGAAAAGGUUUCCCAAACAGAGUUCCGUAUGGAGACUUCAAGCAGAGAUACCGAAUCUUGAACCCCAAUGCCGCUCCAGAAGGUCAAUUCAUGGAUAGUAAGAAGGCAUCAGAGAAGUUGCUUGGUAGUAUUGACAUCAACCAUGAAUCGUACAAGCUUGGUCAUACUAAGGUUUUCUUCCGAGCUGGUAUGAUUGGUAGAUUGGAAGAGAUGAGAGACAACAAGCUGGCAUCUAUCUUCAAACUUCUCCAAGCUCGUAUGAGAGGAAUGCUUAUGAGAAAAGAAUAUCAAAAGAUGAUUGAAAGAAGACAAGCGUGUCGAAUCAUUCAAUCCAACUUACGAGCAUUCUUCGGAAUGGCUAACUGUGAGUGGAUGAAGCUCAUGUUCAAGAUCAAACCUCUUCUGAAAACCGCCGAAUCUGCAAAGGAGCUGGAAGAGAUGGAGAAAGAAUUCGCGGAAACAAAAGUAAACCUUGAAAAAGAAACCAAGCGAAGAAAGGAAUUAGAAGAGAUGCAAGUCUCUUUUGUUCAAGAAAAGAACGACCUUGUUAUGCAAUUGCAAGCGCAACAAGAUCAAAUUGAUGACGGUGAGGAUCGAUGCGAUCAGCUCAUCAAGACCAAGGUUGAGUUGGAUGGAAAGAUCAAAGAACUGACUGAAAGACUAGAAGACGAAGAAGAGCUCAAUAAUGAGUUGGUUUCUAAGAAGAGAAAACUUGAAGAUGAAUGUUCAGAGCUGAAAAAAGAUAUCGAUGAUCUUGAGAUAACUUUGGCUAAAGUUGAAAAGGAGAAGCACGCAACCGAGAACAAGCUAAAAAAUCUCCAAGAAGAGUUAGCAACACAAGAUGAACAGAUCGCUAAGCUUCAAAAGGAAAAGAAAGCUCUACAGGAGGCCCAUCAACAAACUCUUGAUGAUCUACAAUCUGAAGAAGAUAAAGUCAACAGCUUGACCAAACAAAAAGCUAAACUGGAACAGCAAGUUGAUGAUUUGGAAGCUUCUCUCGAACAAGAAAAGAAACUUCGAAUGGAGCUUGAGCGAACCAAGAGAAAGUUGGAGGGUGAUCUUCGUCUUACUCAAGAAACCGUUAUGGAUCUUGAGAAUGACAAGCAGCGUCUUGAGGAGAAACUUAAGAAACAAGAAUUCGAGUACAGUCAGCUUGCUACUAAGCUUGAAGAUGAGCAAGCGCUUGUGUCUCAACUUCAAAAGAAGAUAAAGGAGCUUCAAGCAAGAAUUGAAGAGCUCGAAGAGGAAUUGGAAGCAGAAAGAGCAGCUCGUGCUAAGGUUGAAAAGCAAAGAGCUGAUCUAUCUCGGGAAUUGGAAGAAUUGAGCGAACGACUUGAAGAAGCUGGAGGCGCAACUGCUGCUCAGAUUGAGUUGAACAAACGACGUGAGGCUGAAUUCGCCAAAUUGCGUCGAGAACUUGAAGAAUCGAAUUUGGGACAUGAAGCUACCGUUUCAACUUUGAGAAAGAAAAAUGCUGACACCUCAUCUGAAAUGAGCGAACAGAUCGACAAUUUACAACGAGUAAAACAAAAGCUCGAGAAAGAAAAAAGUGAAAUGAAAAUGGAAAUUGAUGAUCUCGCCUCUAACGUGGAGAGCGUCACGAAAGCUAAGCUUAACUACGAGAAAAUGGCAAGAAACCUCGAGGAACAACUAAAUGAAACAAAGAUGAAGAACGACAACUUCACCAAGGAGGUUAACGAAUUGAACGCAGCUAAAGCUCGUCUCUCUUCUGAAAAUGGUGAAUUUGGUCGACAACUUGAGGAACGUGAGCACUUGAUGGCGCAACUUACUCGAAGCAAAAACAGUUCGUCUCAGCAAAUUGAUGAGUUGAAACGAGUUGUUGAAGAAGAGACCAAGGCUAAAGCCGCAUUAGCACACGCUGUUCAGGCUUCUCGGCACGACAACGACCUCUUGCGGGAACAAUACGAAGAAGAACAGGAAGCUAAAGCUGAACUUCAGAGAGCAUUAUCAAAAGCAAAUGCUGAAGUUGCUCAAUGGAGAAACAAAUACGAAACUGAUGCGAUCCAAAGAACCGAAGAAUUGGAAGAAGCAAAGAAAAAGCUUGCCAUUCGUCUACAAGAGGCUGAAGAACAGGUCGAAGCAAUGCAAGCCAAAGCCUCUAGUCUUGAUAAGACCAAGAACAGACUGCAGAGCGAACUUGAAGAUUUGACCAUUGAUUUGGAAAAAUCGAACUCAGCUGCUGCUGCUUUGGAUAAAAAGCAAAGAAACUUUGACAAGAUUCUUGCCGAACAUAAACAAAAAGCAGAAGAGAUUCAAGUUGAGCUUGAACAAUCGCAAAAGGAAGCCAGAAGUCUUUCAACUGAAUUGUUCAAAAUGAAAAACGCUUACGAAGAAUCUCUUGACGCUCUUGAAACCGUAAAGAGAGAAAACAAGAACUUGCAAGAGGAAAUUGCUGAUCUCACCGAUCAACUUGGAGAAGGAGGCAAAAGCAUUCACGAGCUCGAAAAAGCAAAGCGAACGCUCGAACAUGAACGAAACGAGAUGCAGUCAGCACUUGAAGAGGCAGAAGGAGCUAUUGAAGGUGAAGAAUCAAAGGUUCUUCGUCUCCAGGUUGAGUUGGCGCAAAUUAAACAAGAAUUCGAACGUCGACUUGCUGAGAAGGAGGAAGAAGUUGACAACCAGCGUCGCAACCAACAGCGAUCAAUUGAAUCAAUGCAAACCACUCUUGAUUCUGAGAGUAAGGCCAGACAGGAAGCUGUGAGGAUCAAGAAGAAGAUGGAAGGAGAUCUUAAUGAUCUUGAAAUCCAACUUGGUCAUGCCAACCGACAAGCCUCCGAAGCUCAAAAACAAGCCAAGUCUAUUCAGUCCCACGUUAAGGAUCUUGAAAUGCAAGUGGAUGAAGCUCAGCGACAUGGUGAAGAUCUUCAAGAACAAUCAGCUGUGAUUGAACGAAGAGGAAACCUUCUUACUGCUGAGAUUGAGGAGCUCAGAUCUGCUCUUGAGCAAGCAGAACGGGGAAGAAAACUGGCUGAGACCGAGCUUCUUGAGAGCAGCGAGCGUUCUAAUCUACUCCACACACAAAACACCGCUCUUAUCAACCAGAAGCGAAAGUUGGAAGGAGAACUUCAAACCAUGCAAGGAGAGGUUGAGGAAUCCGUUCAAGAACAAAGGAACGCAGAAGACAAAGCUAAAAAGGCUAUUGUUGAUGCUGCUACCAUGGCCGAAGAAUUAAAGAAAGAACAAGAUCUAUCUUCUCAUUUGGAGCGAAUGAAGAAGAACAUGGAACAAACUGUUAAAGAUCUUCAACAACGUCUUGAUGAGGCUGAAAACAUCGCGCUCAAGGGUGGCAAGAAACAAGUGCAAAAACUUGAGACCAGAAUUCGAGAACUUGAGAACGAACUUGAUUCGGAACAACGUCGCAACGGUGACUCAGUGAAGGGACAACGAAAACUUGAGCGACGAUUGAAGGAAGUGUCUUACCAAGGGGAAGAAGACAAGAAGAACUUAACACGCAUUCAGGAUCUAGUUGAUAAACUACAGAUCAAAGUGAAAACAUACAAGAGACAAGCUGAAGAAGCGGAAGAACAAGCCAACACAAACUUGAGUAAAUACCGCAAACUCCAGCACGAAUUAGACGAUGCAGAAGAAAGAGCAGAGAUGGCCGAAUCCCAACUCAACAAGAUGAGAUCCAAGGCUCGUGAUUCGAAGGGUGCAAACUAAGACCUUAAACUUGCUUAUAUUUAAAUGACUCCGCGGAACAAAGUUUGAAUUGAUUUGCUUUAAAUAUCUUGUAUUAGCAUCUUGUAUUAGGCAACCUAAAUCACUGUGAUUGUUAGAGAGAAUGUGUAAAUACGAUGGUUUUCAGUGUGCUUCGAAGUAUAAGAUGUUUUUGCUUGCUUAAAUGUAAAUAAACAAAUGCAAACUGGUA